GGCCUUCAGGGACCUUGGUCCUAGAGCCUAUGGGGCCAGGUGGGACCGUUGGCUGGGGCAGGAGUGACAGUGGAUCCCUGUUGAGCCGUGACCUUCUCUGCCUCCUCCAGCAUCCCCGCGGCCCCCCCUUCCUGGUGCCUGAGACAUCUCCUGGGAUUAGCUGGGAUCAGCUCAGCUCAGGGGCAGAUUCACCUGAAGAGGCAGAGGCAGCCGGAUGGUUUAGAGGCAUCCCCCUGUUGGGCUUCAUCUUCCUGCUGCCCCUGUCCAUCCCGUGGGCGCGGAUCUCGGUGGGCUGGCUGGCCGUGGUGCACUACCUGGCCUGCGUGGUGCCCCAGCUGGGCAGUGUGCUCUACCACCUCUUCAUGAACCACGAGGGGGGCCCGGCCGUCUACCACACCCUGCUGACCCUCGACAUGUGCGGGGUCUGCAUGGUCAACACGCUGGGUGCCCUUCCCAUCAUCUACUGCACCCUUGCCUGCUCCCCACUUCCCCGCAGCGCCGCCCUGCUGGCCUACACGGCGCUGUCCAGCUACGCCAUCAUCUGCGCGGUGACGGCCCACUCCAACGUGCGGCGCCUGCGCUCCUUCGCCUGGCAGGCCCUCUUCCGCUUCUUCUUCUUCUACCUGCGCUGGGUGGGCCUGGGCACAGGCCACCCCUCCUCGCUGCGCUCGUAUCUCAUCAUGGAUGGCCUGGCCCUGCUGGGGGGCAUCAUCAACGUCUCCCGCAUGCCUGAGCGCUGGCAACCCGGCCGCUUCGACUACUGGUUCAACAGCCACCAGAUCAUGCACGUGCUGGUGGUGGUCAGCAUCCUCUACCUCCACUGGGGGGUGGUGGCCGACUUGCUGUGGGUCACCAGUUAUGCCUGCCCCCAGGACUGACCGGGCCCGCCAGCCAGCGCGGAAUGGUGUGGUCUUGUGGCUGCAUCCCUCCAGGUCACCACACGAUGGAUUCCCGUUGGCCAAGGGGUCUUCUGGGUGGCCGGUGGUGGAUUCUCAUUGGCCAAGAUGUCUUCUUGAUCCACUCCCGUUGGCCAACAAUGGAUUCCCAUUGGCCAAGGCGCCGUCUCCAGUCCUUUUGGCCAAGGGGUCUUCUGGAUGGCCAAUGAUGGAUUUCUGGUGGUUUUGGUGACUUCUGGAUCAACUCCCAUUAGCUAAGGGGUCUUCUGGCUCAGCAGAGCAGGGCUCCCACUGGCUGAGAGUCAUUGUGGAUCACCAGGGUUGGAUUUCCAUGGUCGAGGGCUCUUCUCAGUGCCAGCAAUGACUUCCAUUGGCUAGACUCUGGAUAGACUCCCUUUGGCUGAUGAGGGUGCUUCUGGGUCACUAGCCACAGACUUCCAUUAACGAAGCUCCAGCCAGAUGCCCACUGUCCGUGGGUCAUGCUGGACCACCAGGGAUGGAUUUCUAUUGGCUGCGAUCCUUUGGAUCCUUCUGGAUCACCAGCAGUGCUCGCCCGUAGGGACUGGGGGCAGGGUGGGGGGCUGCGAGGGGGCACUAUUUUGAGGAGCUAGGGGGUGGAGAAGCCCCUCUCCCCCUUUUAUCCAGGUAUCCUACAGACUUUGAGACACCAUGCAAUACUUUCUACUUUUUAAAGGGCUGACGCGGUGCCUGGAUGCUGGGGUCUGCACUGACUAGGGGCUCGGGGGAGGCAGCCCAGGAGAAGCUGUGUGCAUGGGGGGAGGUGGGGGGGGGGGGGGAAAGGAGGCAGUGGAAUCUAAGAGCUACAGUGGGACUCCUGGGUUCUCUCCUCAGUUGUUGCCAUCAUCCUUGGGCCAAGCGGCUUCAGCUGCUUGUGCCUCAGUUUCCUGUUGCUCCCUGCUCUGGGCGUGGGGUGGGGUGGUGUUUCCUGUUACUGAGCCCUGGUCUGCACUCUCCCCCUGCAGAGGAACAGGUAUUCCCCUUUCUGCAGCAGUCACGGCUCCUAGUGCAGUAAUAGCCAGCAGGGGACUGUGUCCCCAUCAGCCUGUUUUUAUACUACACGUCCCAUCUGCUGCUAACCCUAUGGUGCUCAGCGGGAGCCCCGGGCGUUGAGUGCCAGGGCUCUCCUUCCACCCUCUGCUGGCAUUGGGGUGUACCUACUGGUCCCCUUCCCCUUACGUAACUUAGGGCCACUCAACACAGAGGCAGCGCUGGAUCAUUGUUUUCCAAUCCCUGUUCACUGGGCCCUGGAUAGCUAAUCUGGAUUCUGAGCAGGGAGGUGUGUGUAUGAAUGAAGCUAAACUGGAUUCAGAAGCCACAGCUGUGGGAGUAGCUGAACUGGUUCUCAAUCUGGAUUCCAGUUAGCCGCAUGCAUACAUAGCUAAACUCGUUCUCAGUCUAGAUUCCUGUCCAGAGGCCAGGUGUGAAUGUAGCUAAACUUGUUCUUAAUCUGGAUUCCAAUUGGCCAUGUGUAAUGUAGCUAAACUCAUUCUCAGUCCUGAUUCCUAUCAUGAGGCUGCAUGUGUGAAUAUAGCUAAACGGUUUCUCAAUCAGGAUUCCAGGUGGGAGGCAGUGUGUCAAUAUAGCCAAAUUAGAUUUUUAAUCCAGAUUCUAAUCUGGUUUUACCAGGAAACGUAUAUGGGGUCAAGCUGGUUCUUAAGGUGGAAGCCAACUUACAGAAGCAGUUCUUAAAUUCCAUCUUGUUCUCCAAUUGUUUUGCUCAGUGUAAAUGGGGCCCGCUCAGCCUCAUUCCUGGCGGGCAGCCACACUGGUUUAGAAACCAGAUCAGUAUUAGAAACUUGCUUGAAUUGCCAUAUAGACAAACUUUUAAGGAAGCAGUACAAAGGGUAGUAGAGGUAGAGUAGGACCAUGGGUGGACAAAAUGGACAAUUGAGACAGCUGUGCUGUGCCAAGACAAGGAGUCAAGCAUUAACGGGUAACCAACCACACAGCAUGAUGUGGAUUACAGCAGGGUGAGAUGGGAGCAAGGACUCCUGGGUUCUAUCCCUGUUCAGGGAGGCGAGCAGGUUCUAAUGGUUAGUGUUGGGGGCCUAGGAGUUAGGACUCCUAGGUUCUGUCCCCAGCUCUAGGAAGGGGAUAGGGUCUAAUGGUUUGGGGACAGGGGAGAGGAGACAUCAGGCUUUCUGGGUUCUGUGUCUCUGUUGUCCCACCCUGUAACUGAGGCCAAAAGGAAAGCUAAGAGGUGGGUUGCAGGCUGUGAACUGUUCUCCCACGUUGAAGGGAUGGCUGUAUUUCUCUGGCCUCCCUCAGAGGGGUGCUGCUGGGUGGGUUCUGCUCCCCCCCCCACCCCCCAAUCCAGUCUUGUCUCCGUUAUCUCAGGGCACAUGAACACAGCUAGUGUUCGCGGCUUAGUACCGAAGCAACAUAUCUUUUUAAAUUAAAAAUGCAAAACUGAAAAGUAAGAGGCUAAAAUCCACAUUGUGCCAGGGUGGGGGGAGCAGGGGGAUGGAGGUUCUUACAGGCCACCGCCUCCCCCCAGGGUCCUGUUGGAUGGUAGCUCUAGGCUUCAAUAAAGCAGAGACAGAGCUCA